ACUGCCAGCUGCUGUCAAAAUGUUUGUAAACGUUUCCUCAUUUUAGUUAACUUCUGGAAGAAAAAGUGUUUUUCGCGAUAUUUUUGGUGCAAAUUUGUUUUAAAUUAAACAACACCGUUCCCGUUUCAUCAUGGGUUCCUCAAAGAAACACAAGAAGGAAUCAAAGAAACACAAACGCCGCUCACGGAGUCGUUCUCCGCACGAGAAGCGCAGUCGUUCCUACUCCGUGGAGGACGAUUACCAAGAGGUAGAGGAAUACGAGCGAAUCCGAAAGGAAUCCUCCGGGGCAGAGAGAUCCCAUCGGCAUAAGAAGCACAAGAAGGACCGAGUGGAAGCAAAGCAUCACCGGCGGACCAAACGUUACGAGGAGGGCAAUGGAGAGCUGGAAGUUGGACCGAGCAGGAGGCAAAAGAGUCGCCGGGAGCGGGAGCUUGUGGAAGUGGACGAUGACAGCGACAGUUCGGAUUGUAUCGAGGUACCCGUGGACGAUGCCAUACCGCCACCUCCGCCUCCCAUCACCCGUCGGCCUCCGACGCCGGAACCGGUGCGCAAAUCCCCUUCACCACCAAGAGUGGCCGCACCCAGAAGACGUACGCCGUCUCCGCCACGGUUAACUCGCAGAAGAACCCCUUCGCCAUCACCUCCCCCUCCACCUCCAAAGAUUUCUCGGCAACGGUCACCUUCUCCUCCGCCACCACCCACGGUCAGAAUGAGAUCCCCCUCACCGAUUCCUUCGAAUGGCGCCGGCGAUGUUCUUUCGAUUGAGGAAACCAAUAAGCUGAGAGCAAAACUUGGUUUGAAGCCACUGGAAGUUGGACCGUCUUCUGUGCCAGCGGAAAGUUCGUCUAGCAAAAGAGAUGAAGACGCUCCGAAGGAUGCAAAGACCGGGAAGACCUAUGAAAAAAUCAAGGACGAUUUGGGAGAGUUCUAUCACAAACCUGCGUCAAGUUUGACGGCAAAAACUAAGGAAGAAAAGAUUCGGGAGAAACUGAAGGAACGCAAGGAGAAACGUGCGAUCGAGGAGAAGCUGAAGAAAGUUCAGACACUCGGAGAGGACGACGAAAUGGACGACCUGAAGAGUUGGGCCAUCAGAACUCGGGAUAAGCACCGAUUGAAGAAGGAAGCCGAACAGAGGGCUAAGUUGCUUGAUCAACUGGACGAGGAAUUUGGUGUGGGAGAUUUGGUGGAUCAGGAAGUUCGUAACUCAAGACGAGAGGCUUACAGGGAUCGAGAUUUGAGAGGACUGAGGGUGGAGCAUGACGUGGAAGCUUUCACAGAAGGUCGACAGGUUAUUUUGACUCUGAAAGAUGCGGAUGUUCUGGACGAGGAAGCGGGAGAUACGCUAGUCAACGUAAACAUGGUCGAUGACGAACGCUACAAAAAGAAUGUGAAGAAUAGAAAGCAAAAUCCCAACAGCUAUGGAUACGAUGUCUACAGUCAGGAUGAUGUGGAUGAGUUCGGAAUGCCAAAGGAACGAGACAUUCUCGGAAAAUACAACGAAGAAAUAGGUGGACAGAAAAAGUCCAGUUUUACGAUAGGCUCCAAUGCGGAAUAUGAAGCCUUCGAAAAACGCAAGCAAAUGGAGAUCAGGGCCAAGCUUCAGAACAAAAAGCUAGAAGCAUUGGAUACAAUUCCUCUCACGCUGGCUUCAGAGUUCUACACGGAAACAGAAAUGGCAUCUUUCAAAAAGCCAAAGAAAAAGGUCAGGAAAAUCCGCCAAAAGCUGCGUGCAGAUGAUUUGCUGGGCUCUGUUCCGGAAGCCUCAUCUAGUCAAGAUCUAGGUUCACGCUCUUCUCGUCGUCCAGCGCCAACUUCCACCGAAACAGAAUCGCAGUUUAGAAACAGAAGGAAAGAUCUGCUCAUUACGGAUGAUACUGCUGUGCCUCAGGAAGAUCUGUCAAACAUAAAAAUCGAAGAGGACGAUGAAGAUUUGCAGGCGGUCCUUUCGAAAGCUCGCCGACUCAAACAGAAGGAAGCCAUCAUUUCCAAGGCCCUCCCCAUCGAUCCGGAUCAGGUCAAGAAGGAGAUCAAAGCCGAAAUGGAGUCCGAUGAGGAGGAAUCAAAUUACGACACCCGAACCCGAGACGGUGCGAUCCUCCUCAACGCAACCGCUGAAUUUUGCCGAACCCUCGGAGAUAUUCCAACGUAUGGUUUGGCGGGAAACCGAGACGAAGACGUCAACGAAAUGAUGGACUUUGAACAGGGCAGCGAUCGAGAGCAGGAUGAAAUGGAUGACCAUGCGGCUGGAACGUGGAACUCGGUCAACACCGAACAGGAACAAGAAGAUCUAGGCGGGGCAGCCAUUCCCGUUGAUGAUGUGGCCAUUCUGGACGAGGAACCGGACGUGGCAUCUAGCGUUGCCGGCGCUCUACAGCUGGCCCAAUCCAAAGGCUAUCUGGAAAGGGAGGAAUCCAAUCGACCGAGCAACGCCCGGUUCGCCCACCUGCAAGCGCAAAAUUAUUCCAUCGAAGAUAAAAACUACGGCGACGAUGAUAAGUACUCGAGGAGGGAUCGCUUUAGUGGACCCAUCAUGGACUUCAAGGAGAAGGAAACGUUCAAACCGAACGUCAAGCUCGAGUACAUUGAUGACAAUGGGCACCUGCUGACGCCGAAGGAAGCGUUCCGGUAUUUGUCGCACAAGUUCCACGGCAAGGGACCGGGCAAGAACAAGGUCGAGAAACGUCUGAAGAAGAAUGAGCAGGAAGGGUUGAUGAAGAAGAUGAGCUCGACGGACACUCCGCUGGGAACGCUGAACAUGUUGCAGCAGAAGCAGAAGGAAACCCAAUCGGCGUUCGUGGUGCUCAGUGGGAGCAAACAAAACACCAGCAUCGUGAAGCAUAAACGUUAACAGUCACGUGGUUUAUAGGAUUAAGGUAUGUCCCUCAUGUGUGUUGACAGAAUAUUAUAAUGCACACAGCAUCAUCGUGUCGUCGGAGAGAAAGCAGAUGAGCAAGCUUUCUUGUGGCGAAGAACUAUCAAAACCAGGUUUGUAGAGAUAAAUAAUCUUCGUAUUCUAUUCGCUGGGAGUUUCAGUAAUAGCGUUUAAUAUAGCUGCUGGAAGCAAAAAACAUCUGA